GCAUUUCUGAUCCUGCCUGCAGUCUGAAGAGAAAAUGGAGGCUCAUUUCAUCAUAUUUACCCCGUUGCUCCGUCUCUACCGAGCUCUUCGACAGAUAAACGGACUUUAAACGUUGUUCUAUGACGGGAUUUUACUCUCCAAUCUGAGUUAUUCUUGUUUCUUCUAUCACAUGGUAAGUUGAGAGUUACUUUUUUGGGGAGGGGAGUGGUGGUGUAACUUAUUUCCACGGCUUGUUUCUGAAGGGAAAAGUCCUUUAACGGGUAUGUUGAAAUUAGUUUUAGAGAAAGACGCUCAUUUUGAUGUCCCCCCUCCAACUUUGAGCCUCUUUAGGGUUAAUAGGACUCUCCCCAAAUUCUUUCUGCAGAGGAAUGUUCUGGUGUUGCUCCUCUCCCUCAGCCCCCAGCCUGGAUACAUACAGUGGGGAAGGCCACAGGACGGUAAAACAGGGGUUUCCGUUGCGUUUAAUGUCCAGGGGCCCCAGGCAAAGACUGUAAACUAGUCAGACACCAUUUUGUAACAGUUUUAAAGAUAUGCCACAAUGAAAGAGGAUGAAAAUCUAAGCUUGAACAAUAGAUCUAGGUUUUAAAGUGAAGUUAUGCUCAAGGUUUGCAGCAGAUCUGGAUUUUUGGACCUUUUAAGGGGCCAAAACUUGAAGUUGUGAACCUUGGAUUAAUAAGAAAGGGGCCCAGGAUUCACUCAGGUUCAAUCACGUCCUCUUGUGAUCAUAUUAGAAUUAUAUUUGACUUUUUGAGCACUGCAUGCAAAACUCUAUUGUAGCCCAUGUGUUCCAAAAAGUCUGUAAAUAUGUAAAACCAAUCCUAAAAUUAAUUGAUAUGAACAAUUUCUACAUUUAGCAGGACAAAGACAAAGUAUCCUAACAUAAUUGGAGAUUAAAACAAGAAAACUUUCAAACAAUUUGUUUUGAAUGUCUGAUUUUCACUCCCCAGCCUAAAGGCCUGCAUAGUUUGGCACUGAUGCAGCCAUGUGUUUCAUUCAGGUGUGCUCCUACUACUACUACUAUGCACAAACACACCUACUCUGGCCAUUUGACACACUUGUAUUACAUGUAAUCACCUGCAGUGUUUGCAGCUUAUCGGUUCAGGUGUUUUAUCUGUAAACUGCAGUAAAAGGUGCCUCCACUUCCCUGAGUUAUGCAAACCAAAGAUUGAUUUAGGUACGUUGUGCUUCUGAUUGUGUGUUUUCCUGAGGAGGGAGGUCACAUUUUUAGAAACAAUCGGGUCUUUUAUAAAGAGGCGAUGAUGCUGCAGCGAUGUGGUCAGGUAUCAUGCAGCGCAGCUGGGUUUAAUCCUGCACAGCCAUGCAGAGGCAUCUGUCAGGGGAGAACCACAGGGAUGACUGCACUGCUUUAAGACAACAGGCAGAUGCUGGCAGAUGUUGGCUUAGGUGGUUUAAGCCUAAUUGUGUGUCUUAUCUUAAACCACCAGGUUAGAUUUUCUUCCUUUUAAAGCAAAACAACAAAUCAGGUGACAAACAGCAAAGUUAUUCAGGAUGAGACAGGCACUUUGGCUGCUGGAUGUAAACUCUGGCUCAGGCAUUUGAACCGCUGUGCCAAGAAGAGGUCUGGGUUUGAUUCAGUGUGCAUGUGUGUCUGAUUCUGGAGAUCAUUGAAGACCACAAACUGUAGAACAAUGCUGGUAUAGUGUCUGUGAUGUCACCUGUAGGUUUCACAAGAGAGGCUUUGAAUGCAGAGUGAACCUGGAUUUACUUUUUCUGCUGUAGGAUAUAAUGAGGGAAAAAUGUGACUUAAACCUCUGGGAAUUUCAAACAGAAAAAUGUGUAUCUAUGAUAUGAUUAAAGCACUUCAACAUCCCCUGUUCACACACAGCCUAAUCUGUCCCUCUCUUAAUCAAAUACAGAGACAUGCAAACUCUCAGCUGUUCUCUUUGUUUGUACAUGUAAGAUAUGAUUACUGAGGCGUUCUGAGUCCACAGCUUCUCCUCCAUCCCAUCCAUCAAACCUGCUCUAGGCUACACAAGCUUCGCAGUUGCUCUUAAGAAAAGUCCCUUUCUUCUUCAGACAAGCUGGAUAUGAUCUGGUCACUAAGCUGGAAGACCCCAACAAAACUGCCAUGUGCUUGUGUUACUAAAUACUUUUCUGAAUGAACUUUGAGAUGCAACAGCGUUAAAUUUUUCCUCCAUGCCAGAAGCAGAAAGGUUUGAUUGUUUUGGAGGAAAGAUGGUUCUAGUUUUUUAAUGAGAAAGUAUCUCCAAAUGUUAUCAUCCAUUCCAUUUUCUGCAGUAAAUUUUUCUUGGAGUUCAGUUUGAAAAUAUUUGUUGUUCUACUUCAAACCUCUGGGCAGCUUAUAGCACUAUGCCUUGUUCCUGUAAUGUAACUAUAGUGUAUAUUUAAUGGAUGCAGUGUAGACAGUGAGUGUCCGUUGCUGUAAAAUGUGACACAAGAUCUGCUGCUUGCAUACUCAAAAGAAACAGGGCUACAGAAGUUUAGUUAUGAGACCAAAGGUCAGUAUAAAUUCGCCAGUUUGUUUUCUGUAAUGCACAUUUUUUGAAUAUCUUUGCCAAACAGCCCAUUUCUUCUUGCGUGUGGUCCAAUUAGGAGUCAGAGGUUAGGUUUAGAGUUUGAUCAAAGAAGAGAUAAUCUGAGGUAUGUAUUGAUGAAGGUUGGGGUUAAGUAUGAAAGUAUGCUGUGUGUUUGUAGCGCUGUCUUUGAGCGGUGUUUCUCUGCAUUUUUCAGGCCUUUUUUUUUUUCGUAAGUUGUGACCUGCUCCAACACCCUCUCUGCAGCCAUUUUCCAGACAGCAACCUUCCAUAAUUCUUGGUUUUUGGUUUAUUUUGGUCACCAUAAACUGUCCCAUGAUUCAGCGGUGGUAUGAGCUUACUUGUAGUUACUUGUGGAAUGGAAUGCUCAUCGGUCGGACAUGGCGCCUAAAGCAUCAUAGGAAUGGAGGCAAGAGAUCCCAGAGAUGGAGCAACAUUUAUGUAGCUAGGCAACCCCACCAGCCUCAGACAUAAAAAAAAUCAAAAGUUGAGUCCAUGUUAAGUUUUAUCUGAACAAACAGUGAGGGCAGUGCCCUUCUUAGAAAUGACCCAAAGGGAUGCAGUUUGCCAGGAAGGAGGCGGGUCGGGAAAUAGUUCAAGGGCUACUUAUGUUUGGUUACUUUGGUGUGACUGUCCCAGUACUCCUCUGCCUUAUACUGGGAAAUGACUCUGGGUUGUAUGACUGAGAUCAUUGUCUCCAAAUAGAAAAGUAAUACAUGUUAAGUAUCAUAUCUGUAAACACAGUACAAAGAUCAAGCUGAAAUGAAAUAGUAGAUAGUUUCAAUGGAGUUGGCUUUUUUCCAACAAUUUAUCCUUACCAGUUGUAGAUCCUUAAUUGAGUUUAUUUUCUGGGUAUCCUCAGUUUUCCUCAUCUAUAAUAGCUGCCCUCAGACCAGCACCAGUAUCACUGCCAUACUAAUACUUCCUCCAAAACUAUCUGACAUGUGGUUUGUUGAUGUAUCAGGGCUCUGCCACGAAUGAUCAAUUUAAAGGUUGAUUUAGUUUCUGAGAAGUCUGAUUUUGUUUGAUUGUGUUAAGGACAGUCUACAGCUGUAAAUACAAAACUGAAAGCAAAUAAAUCAAGCAUUUUGUGAUGGCUGAAUUCAACCAAAACCAAAACUUCUGUGUUGCCUCUUGAACACUUGCAAUCCAGAAAGUGUCAUCAACCCUGUUUGCAUCACAGGGAUUUUUCUGCAGCAUUCUUACAUAGACUCACCAAACUUCCUGUGGGAAUUUCACAGGAAAAAUCUGGUUUAAAAUUUCAGCUGUCUGUGUCUACAAGUGCAGAAAGUUUGCUGAAAGUUUUUAGGAGUAAUGUGAGCCUAGCUUUUGUUUAAUUUGACUUCAAAGAGUGAGUAAAGGUUAUUAAGUUACCUGUUGUUAAGGGCCUGUGUCCACUAACAGCAUUUUUAUUUUGGACCAGUGGUGGUGGGGCUAAAAACCUUAAUUUAAACGCACCUUCGCCAUGCUAGGUUAAGAAAAUGGUCUUGUUGCGCUUUGACCGCGUUUGCUCAUGACCUUUGUGAGCUGCUUCGCUGCAGUGUGAGAAAAAAAAUCCAGUGGUCUCUUUCACAGUGUCCCGCUACAUGCUGUUGGUGUCAUUACAACACAAAGUGUUUUGCCACAGCUAGCUUCAGAUGCUAACGUAGAGUACUUAUUGUAAAUUAUGUGCAGUGAUACGACCUUGACUCAACGACACUCAUUCAUACCAGAAUUUCCACUCUUUUUUGUUUAUAAUACGUUGUUGAGAGGAGGAGAAGUGGUGUCUGUGAGUGCAGCAGCUGAACCAUUUUUGAUUGUGAGGUUGUGAGAGCCACGACAAACAACAAAAUUGAGGCUGUUUUGCACUGUGGACGUGUAGGCCUGAAAAUGAAUGGAGGGAAUAAGGGCACCAGAAAUGCUGUCAGUGGUCAGGCCCUUGAUACCGGAUAGAUCGGUUACGCGGCAACAUAAAAUACUCCUCUCUGAUUGGCUGGUCACUUUUAACAGCAACAGGGCCGCUACAUUGUCUAGAGAAAGUUGAAUCUGAAUCCCGCUCUCUGAGAUGUUAUUGACCCUGACAUUUAAAAAACAGUAACGCGCAGCAAGAUUAAAUAACAAAGAAUAAUGUGUUCUUUCAUGCCUUUGUGUGUGGGCAUUGUGUAAGCAUGAAAUGUGUCCUGACAGAUAAACUAUGAGAUUUGGAAACUCCUUCAAGUUGUAAAUUACAUUCACGUGUCAGGAUAAUUGUGGCUAAAACAAUCAGAGGUCCUAAGAUUCUUCAACUAAUCUAGCUGUCAAUGACACUUAGUGAAAUAAAACCAGAUCAAUUAAACACUGAUUGCUUAACAAACAGUUGGAAUAGAAAACAAGAUUAUAAAACCGCAGCCAUGUCAGAACCUGCCAGGAAAUACUGUGUCUGGCUUUUUGUCAGUGAAGGAAACAAUCCAGAUUGGUAUCUGGAGCUCAGACAUCACCUGCCAGCCAAACAGAAAUCCACUCUGGCUGAAAAGGAUCCUUAUAUUUGGACAAGAAACCAGCCUGUCUGUCAGUUCCUGGGACCUCUGUCAAGAUGUACUGCCAAAGUAUUAAAAAAAGGCACUGCUAAUGUAAAGAAAGAAAAACAACAGUCAACUAUUAAUGUUAAACCAAUGCUCCAUCAAUGCUUUUCCUGCCCUUUAACUUUAGUGCGGAGUUUCUCCAAGAGUUAGUUGUGUUGACCUUUUCAUGACAAUGAAAGGAUAAAAGCUGGAGUGGGAAAUUUAUUUCAGUUUUUUUUGUACUAUUUUUAGGAUCUGUCUCUGCACCCCAACAGCAAUAAAAAAAACAAAGGAUUUGACAUAAAAAGCUGAUAUGUGUGGCUGCAAUAUUAUUGCUGAUGGCUUCCUGUUACCUGCAGACUUUGUGAUCCCAUGUUUGCCGUGUUGAAUAAGCUGUACUAUGAUAUGACUAGAAAAUCAGGCCCCCAGAUAAAAUGUAGCUUUUAAGAUGGACAUGUUUAUCUCCUACAGUAAUGCAUUACUCCUCUAUUUAAUAUUUUCCAGUGAACUCUACCAGCAUCAUCAGUUUACGUGUUCAAAGGAAAUGCUUUAUUGUUGAUUUUUGGAUGGAUCAUUUGAUAGUCCAAACUCAUCAAACUAAGAAGUCUGAGGCAGUCUUCCUUAAUUACAAUGGUGAGGUUUGCACAAUAGUUGUUGGCCAACGCCGGUCUGUUAGCAAUCCUUAAAUAUGUCAGGAAUUUUUGGAUGGAUUGUAGGGUCAUAUUUGGACAUAUACAUCCUAUUCACUUGGUCAUUCCCAGACUUUCUUAGUUUCAACUUUUUUUAGAUUGAUGUUUUUGGCAUUGAUUGUCAUUUCUCUUUUUCCAACCAGGCAAGAGCGGAGUCUUCUUAGAAACAGUGAUUUAUUAUUUUAAGAUAGGAUUGUAAGCUCUCACCAUGCUAACAAUUGAUUACCAGCAAUCCCUACAUGAAAACACAAAUAAAUGCAUAUCCUUUGUACUCAGACUGUGAGUAAUUUCAUCUGUGCUCCAUGUCUCCCUUCCAGACUCCUCAUAUCUCUUUGUGUCACCUCAGAUGUGAGUGUUAAACGUUGAACUGCAGGUCCUCACGUGAGGCUCCUGACAGAAACAUGUGCAUUGAUUUCACACGUCAUUCCAGCUGCCCUGUAGGAGUAACACCAUUGUGGCAGAAUGUGGGGUAUGUUUCUCGAGAUAAGGCGGUCAAACGGUGUUAAAUGUCUGGUCACAGGGGAGCAUCCCAGGCAGGGAGGCUGAGGCAGGAUGGGAGGGCGGCUGACUUGUUUUGACCCCAUGCAGGAGCUCUGCUCUCACAGGGGUGUUUACCUAUGACCAUGUAACAGAAGUAUGCAGUGACAGGCUGAUUUUGCAACCACAGCUAUGCAUUGACGGGGUGCCUGAGGGGGCAGGUGGUGUAUUUUGACCCCUUGCAUUCUUGAAUGAUGCAUUAGGUAUGCACCAGUACUACAAAUGCAAUACUAAUCUCUGGAAUCUGACUUCCAGACCUCGAGGUCAUGCCAGCCUCAUACUGGUCCCAUGUGAUGUUUGUCAUAUUUUGCAGCAAUUCCCGAAACCAAGUUUUCUGUGUAGUAGGAUGUUUUUUUGGGAUAUUUUGGGCAUGUAUGACUUUUACUGACAGGGCAGCUGCAGAGGGACAGAAAGUUUUGGUAGAGAAGGGUCAGGAUGACCUGCAGCAGCAAACACACAGAGUUGAACCUGUGAUCACUGCAUCGAGGUCUAUAAUAGAGUGAAAGAAGUUAGUUGUCAGGCCGUCUUUAUUAGCAACUGCUCUCUUUUGGGCAGCAUCCAUCUUUCCAAAAACCAAACCACCUCCAUGCAUUGAAAAUCUUCAAAUCUAACAAUGCCGAUUGCAAGGCUAGUGGUGUGUUGACCCCUGGCACUGUUUGUUCACUUAUUCUAGCUGCAGCCUUGCAGGUAGCCAAGCUUGGAUGAUAUCGCACACCCCACAUGGCUUGGGGCAGAAAAGUGAGACAGAAAGUUUCAACUUGCCUAAUCUCUGAAGGAUUAGGAUGAUUAUGUCUUCAAAAAUAAGGACAUUAGCAGCAGCUCAUCCACUAAACGGUGUCUGUUUGUCAAACUUGGAACUGCUUGAAUUUCUGGGUCAGUUUGUUUUCAGGGGAGAGAAGUCUACAGGUUAUGAUGGUCAUGCUAAAAAAAUCAAUUCAUGAAAACUGAAGAAAUCUUGAUCUGAAAUCGAGCCGGACAUAAUCCGUAAUUAUGAAACUAAAAACUGAACUAAAAAACUAUUGCAACAAACAUUUUCAUUUAAGGUCAGCUUGUCAGUCUGUUGUCGGCCAUCUUGAUUAUUGAGAUACUGGCCAUACUAUCAAUAAAGAAAGACUAAAUUGAUCAUAUUUAUACGAUGACUUUGAUCUUCCCAGAAUUAAAAUCAGGUAAAAUUUGGGUAUUUGUUUGUACAGUUGCUGAUGUAAAACAAUAUAAGACCUUUUGUCUGCCUCUUUCCUCUUUGUGUACUUUCCAGUGAGCUGUCAACUUUCCUGCUUCACCUCUACAUAUCUGUUCUUUUUAAUUAAAAGCGUAGCUGUCCUGUCCUCAGGAUGUGAGCUGCCCAGCGCUUGCUUUUAAUUUUAGAAAAUAAGAAAAACAUGCUCACCAUGCAUGACCACAGUCUCCAUGCUCUAACUGCAUCCCUUCCUCCACAGGCGGAGAUUGGCAGCAUCAUGGUUUGGCUGCGCGGUGCCCUCGUGACAGGCUGCAUUUCCUGGAAUAAGCUGGAACCUGAGCCUUGAAAGCCACACCAUGGAAUGCCUGUAGUACCACACCUCACCUCCAUCCAGCCCACCAGCAUCAGCAGGAAUCACAAACACAAAGAGAGACACAAACAAAAUAUAGCACACAGAGGAGGAGGACCCUGUGCUCCUGGAGACUCUUUAUCUAUUUAGGUCAGCCAGCUUGAAAGGGAUCAUUUGGAGGGAGCAAGUGCCAGGGAGUGAGCGUGAGUGAGCGUGUUUCCCUUUUAGAAUAGGUGCCUGCUCUGGGCACUGAGGCCAUGAGGCCCAAAACUUUCCCCGCUGCCCCCUAUGUGGGUAACACACGCCAGAGGCUUCAGGAGAUCAAGGAGGGUCUGAAGCAGCCGGCCAAGCUGGUGAGCCAGGCCCUGCAUGGGGGCAGCUCCAGGACCGAGGGCAGCAGAGGGGCCGACUGCAAGAGCGGAAAAGACACAGCCAGUCGCCAGCAGCAGCUCCGACCCCCACAGAAGUUCAACAACUACCAGAAUGCCCUGAGGGAAAUCAGGAAGUCCCUCAUGCCUUUUGCCAACGAGUCUGGCCCCUCUUCAGGGUCAGGACACCCCGCAGGAGCCGGGGAGGUGAACCGGCAGAUGCUGCAGGAGCUGGUCAACGCUGGCUGUGACCAGGUGAGUCACAGAGAGUGUGUGAACGAGCAUGUGUGGAUGGUACACUUCUUGUUAAUAUUUGUUCCAUAUGUUUUGUCGCAUCUUGUUUUUCGACCCCUACUGUGUGAAAAUCUGAGACAUUUACAGAAAGCAGGACAUGUUAGUUGUCUUGGCAGUAAGUUUCUGUUUCUAUAAACUCCACUUCACCCAGAUGUCUGAAGCAGCUCUGCCUCCUUCAGUCAGGAAUCCCUAAUGAAAGCAGUCAGGGGUGCUACAGACUCUUAUAUGCAAUACAAUACAAGCCUUUCCUGCCAAGUGCACUUCGCUGUGGUUACAUAACACAGGCCUGAGCGUUGGUGUGUUGAAACAUCAGGUGGGUUUCCAGAGUGGGCUGUUGAGUCCAGUUUGAGGAAUGCGAGAGCACCAUCAAACGAUGAAGAGCGAGGAGGAAGAGCGAGGGCCUCCUUCACAUGUUAACCCUCAGCCUCAGGAACGGCGAAGUGUCAUGUGGAUUCUGUUAAGCAGGGGUCACUUCACUUUCCUUUGAGUUAAGGAGUUGACCUCCACAUCAAACCACAGCAUUAUUAUCCUCAGGCUCUUUGAACCUUUCAUUACAACCUCUGUAUUUACAGCUUUAAAGUAGCUCUGCUACAACAAGGGGGGGAAUUUAUGAAGCUGUUAAAGUCUGCACUCCAUAAAUCAGAUUUUAUGAUGCUGAAGAUGAUAUGAGAAAAUAUCACAUCAACCUCUUGGAUCCAAAUAACCAAAUAAAUAAGUUUGCAGCAGCUGUUAAAGGGAUGACAGUGAUAAAGUAAUAUGUAAGAAUACUACUUUUAUUGUCACUUUAACUGUAAAUGCAUAUUCAUCAUAAACUGUCUGACUACUAAUAAUGGCUUUUAGUAUCUGCCCUGAAAAACAAACAUUGCUUGACCCCACAAACACCUAAAAACUGCCCACAGGAGCUGACAAACAUAGUAACUGACGCCAGCUAUUGGUUUAUGGAGGCCCUGUCUGUAAGGGAAGUCAACUAUUCCCCCUAUUUUGCCUAAUUAUUCUAAACUUGUUGCUCUCGUAUCUUAAAGAGAUGAAAAUGAUUCGCCUCUAUGCAGCAUACGGAAAAAGAGAAAUGGUUUAAGAGGGAUCUACUGGUAAAUGAACCGGAAUGUAAUUUUGCUUAUGUGGGUUGUAAAAAUGGGCAUUUAAUCGGCGAUAUUAGUGAGACCCAAGUGGACACUUGAGGAACUGCAGAUUACAGACACAGCUCUCCGAACAGGAAUUAACUGGUGCUGUCAGGGGCACUUUUGACACAAACUUAACCUUUUAGUAGCAUUUGUAACUUUCGGUUAAUCUGACAACGUGAUCUAUCAUUAUAUGAUUGUCUAUUGCAAUUUGAAUGAAUAAAUAGUGGAAGUUAAAGGAGUAAAUAGUGUUAUAAUAUAUAACUAUAUAGAUAGAUGUAUAAAUGAUAUAUCAUUAUCUUCUUUCUUAGGGAAUGUGAAAUCUUUCUUUGAAAAGGCCUGCCCAGUAAAGCGAGAGAAAGAGGCAAAUAAACCAAAUAACUCGAUCACAUCAUGUCAUCAGAAAAUGCAGCUGGUCCGGUUUAGAUUCGGUACAUCAGUGGUUAACAGGCUGGAGGACGGCCCUGUGAUGGAGCGCGGCAUGUGAAGAAUGCUGGGCUCAAGCCCAUGCACAGAUCUAUGAAGAAAUCCUCCCACCAGCACCAGAGUUAUGGGGCUGCCCCUGCAGGGAGAGGCUGCAGGCCGAGCCACACUUAUCACUACCAAUAGUACACUGUUUGUUGGUUGUUUUCUGACAACAGACUGGUCUGUUUUUUUAUUUUGGGCUGUGCGCUUUAUCAGAUGAAAAGAAAAGUGGAGCACAAAGUUUCCUCUGCUUUUUUAUCUCUAUCUCAGGAUGAAUGUGAUUUGUUUUCCAUAUUCCUCGUUAAUUUGUUCUUGUAAAACAUGUGGUGAAAUGUUUUGUUUCUCUCAUAGAGAAAAGCAGACUAGAGGACUGGUUCAGGUGUUUAUCUAGUUGUACUGUACCCCUUUGUCUCUGGAUCAAAUCCAGAACUUUCAUGUGGGUAAUCUGACACUUUCACACCUGUAAACUCUCCUCUAAAGUGGUCAGUCUCCAGUCUCUAACUUGUAGGCCACAUUGGCAGCCAUUUCCUUGGUUUCUCUGCCCACGAGUUUACCUCCAUCGCUGUCACCAUUGUGAGCAGACCAGAGCAGUGCGGGUCCAGUCAAUACAAACAGGAAGUGAAUAUUCAAUGGCAGCAGGGUGGACCAGUUCCUUCUGCUACAGCCGAGUCGCCACCCAUCGUGUCGCCUCUUCUCCUGCUUUGUCUCUGCUUUGUCAGGGUUAUUGACCACCCUUGGUGUGUCUCUGUAGAUAAAUACGGUCAACAUAAACACUCAAUUCUUACGAAGAAUGCACAUUUUGAAUCUCUGCUUUGAUGCAUUUACUUAAAUCACCAUUAAUGAUCAUUCUCUUGGAUUUGUAAAGACAUCUCCUCUUGGAAUUCAUGUCAAUUCAAGCAGAUUAGGUGAGGCUGAAAUUAAAUGACAGAAAACCUUUUUACAGCACACUUAAUGCAGGAAACAGUGUCUGAUGGAGGUGUAUAUCCCUCCUCUGCAAGAUGACCUGAUCCAAAUGUCCAAGCAUAGGUCAAGAAAAUCAAAACGAGUUAUUAAAAUGUCUUCUACCUUUCUUAGUUUGUUGGGAUUUCCAACUUGCAGAUUCACCUGUUCACUUUACCUCUUAUUCAACAAGUUAAUACAUUGAAAACAUACUGGAUGUUUUUUUUUAGUUUGAUGGUGAUGGCGCAUCUUGUUUCCAGGCAAUCUAUAAUGUCAAGAUUCAUUGUCCCAUUCCUUGUGCCUGUACCAUCUUAAAGGCAUAUUCCGGCAUAAAAUGAAUUUAGGAUCAAACACACCGUAACACCAAGUUAGACACCCCGUCGAGAGAUGAAUGUUGCCGACCGCUUGCUUCUCUAGUUAUGCCAACUUUAUUAACGACCGCAGGAUAGCAAUACACAGCGGUCUGAGGAGCCAUAAACAAACCUUAACCAAAACACCACUCUAUAGCCACAAAUAAUGCUCAGAACAGCACCUAACUUCAACAGUACAUGUAGGGUCCCAGCCACAGCACUAGCCACCAAACAUUAUUUUUGCUUUGCCUGAUUUCUUUAGCAAAGAGACUAAACACAACUCACCUGCUCUUUUACAGCAGCUGCUUGUUUGUAGCGAGACCUUGACCAGUCCAUCAUCGACUAAGGCGGGGGGACGCAGCUCAAGGAACAACAUUUAUGAUCAUUACUUUAUCAUUUCUUUGAAGUAAUAAUCACCAUAUUAAUCAUUUUGAACUGCAGAUGUGUAGUUCCUCUGCCUUAGCGUCUUUGUCUGAUUGCAUUUCCAUGAAGUAAUGAUCAGAAAUGUUCUUCCUUGAGCUGUGUUCCCCCGCUGUAGUCCGUAAUGGACUGGCCUGAGGUCUCGCUACAAACAAGAGGCUGCUGCCGGAAUAUCCCUUUAACCCUCACAGACUCGUACGCUUGGACAUCUCAAGUCUGAAGGCCCUGACAAUCUAGUGCUUGGGCUUUGGGUUGCAGAUUGGGAUGGAGUUUAUAUCCUUGGCCACCCCAUAUAUUUUUUCUUCUUCUUCUCCUCUUCUUGAGAACGCCCUGACUCUUAUCAGCUAACCCCAUCUUCCUGCCCCACUUAAGAGUCUCCCAUCUUUUCCAGCUGCAAAUUACAGAGCAAUGUGGCUCGUUACAUAAUCACUUUUUUCUUUUUUUUAAAGGCGGAAAUGUUUUGGUGAGGGAAAGAAGGUGGGGGGUGCAUGCCACGCAUCAAGAUGACAGGGAGAAAGGAAAUGAGGUGAAGGAGGGGUGUUUUUCCUUCCCUCAGAUUCUCAGCCCUCUCCAUAGGCCCUGAGCGUAUAUGUGUUUGUAUGUAUGUACUGUACAAACUGCGGCCAGGAAGGAACCCGAUGCACGCUAAGCAUUUUAGAGCCUUAAACGUGUGAACACUGUGGGGUUUAUGUAACGGUUAAGCUAACAGGAUGUGACUUUAAAGCGGUGUGUGUAAGUCUUCAUGGUUUGUAUGUUAGGUUGUAGUACGUGGCUUUCCUCAGCUCACACUGUAUGGAUUUGUAAUGAAGGCGUCACCUCACUUUAGCUUAUUUUGCACAUUUUCAUGCUUUUAAAUGAGUCAAAUAAAUAAGAAGGAUGUGUUUUACAGCCCUUCCUUUUGGCCUGUUCAUCCAUCUGCACUUUGCUCUUGAACAUCCUCCAUAUGGCUUUGAUUUUCAGGGUCCCACGCUGGAAUGUGUUUCCGCCAGAAUUGGGUCAAAGAGUCAUUUAAUAUCAAAAACAGUCGGGAUAAAACUUUCACCACCCUUGUGAGAAGAGAAGGUGUUUGUACGAGCCUGUGUUCGAGCUUGUUAUGAUGGCGUUUUUGUGUUUGCAGGCCUGUGAUUAUGCAUUUGGGAUAACUCGGCGGUCUGCGUCCCACAGCCAUUAUGAUGAGGGUACAAAUGUGGAGGAGAUAUUUUCAACAAAGAGAAAGAAAGACAGAGUUUGGAAGAAGAGUUUCCUGAGUGCAAAUAGCUUGAAUUCCUGCUUCCUGGGCCGAGGAAUGUGAGAGGGGAACAUCUGUCGCCAUGACAGCCAGGGUCACCAGACCCGCCUUCACUCGGCACAUACACACACACACUGGAACACACACAAGAGGAAGCAAAAGACAGUAAAAAGAAGUGGAGCACUUUUGUCUUUGAUUGUACAUUGUGUACAUUUUCAGACCUGCUCAGUCACUCAGUUUAGUCCAAAGGUUUUAUACUGUUUUCAAAUUCUGCUUUACUGCUCUGCCAUAAAAAGUAGAGUUGAAAGACAGCCAAGAGCAAGGAAAUAUAUAUUUAUGAGUAAAAUCACAAGUGGACUCUGAUUUAAGCUUGUUUCAUCCAAAGACUGCUCAACAUGGAUGUAGUUUCAGUAACUUCACUCUUUGGCAUAUAAAGAGUUGCAGUGUUUCCCACACAUUAAUUUUUUUGUGGCUUCCCGAGUUUGAGCAAGUUGUCAUCUGUGAUCACACAGCGGAUUAAUUAACUCCUCCUCCUUAAUGGCUAAAAUUAGAUUUUUAAAAUCAGAUUCUGCUGCCAAAAUAGGCAUAUGUGGAUUGCAAUCCAGACUCCUUGGUUUUUGGAGCUAGCCCCAAGUGGACACUCCAGGCAGGAACUGCAACUUUUUGCACUUAAGCAUUGCCUCGAUUUUUUUCAGCUUUGCAGUUUAUUGGUUGUUUGUCUAUUAUCUAUGUUUAGUGUAUUGCACGAACAUUUCUAAAUGACAAAAUGAGGAAAAAUAUGAUUUAAGUUGGUGGUAACUGCAGAAAAAUGAAGCCAAGAUAAUGUCGAGGUCAGGAGUUGUAUUUGCAAAAUCGGACAGAUAUGUUUUUUUUUCUAAACUUCUUUUCAACUGGAGGAUAAAAGUGCGAAUCAGAUUCGCCUCCUUGCUCGAGCUUGUCUGAACCAACAUUUAGAUAAGAAUGAAUCUGGUUUAUACAUACUACAGUUUAACACCGCAUUUGACUGCUGGGUUGCUGGUCAUAGUCGCUUUAGCCAGAGAAGCAAACAAAAAGAUGAAUUAAUGAUGCCAUUUUUCAAAAGGAACAAAAUACUAAACUUGAAAGAAAGGACCUUGCACAAAAAAGAAGGAAACAGGAGAAGUUUAACAGAGAGAGAGAGAGAGGGAUAGAGAGAGAGGACAUAAUGUGACAUUACUGGGCGUCUCUGGUAGCCAGCUCUCCCUCUCUACUGACUACGCAGGAAUGCAACACAUACACACACAGAGCAUGCACACACAUACAGGAAAAAAAAGAGUAUAAACAGUGGUGUGUGUUUGUGUGGAUGGUCAGUCUUGGACUCAGGGACACAGUUACAGGGCCAAAAGCAAGCGUGUGCACACUGCGUGCAGUUGUGUAUUUACACCUACAGUUUCACACACGCUGUGAUGGACACACAUACACACAAUCAUGCACGCGCACACACACAGAAAGUGUGUGGCUCUGGCAUUUCCUGGCUUUCAGAACGAACUGUGCCCACUGUUGCUGUUUGAAAGGUGAUCUCUGCUUUACAUCCAAUGAAAUAUUAUAAAGAAAAUAUGUGCUGGUGAAUCAAAAAAUGCUGUGAGAAGCAGUGAAUGAAAUACAGUUUCACUGCGUUUCAUUUCAAGCUUCAUCCUCCCAGCAAUCCGUCCUUUAAAGCUUUUCUGUUUCAAAAAAUAUACCAAAAAUCAAGUGUUCUCAGUUAGCAGUAAAUGAUGUCAGUGCAGCCAAAGUCCAUUAAAAAGAUCACCUAAAUCUACCUUAGGACCAAAAAUGCAACACAGUAUAAUAAUGAUGAACGGCAGAAAUGAGGAGAGGGACAAAAACAGGUUUGAAUUGUGAAAACAUUUUUGCACUUUAAGGUUAAUCCAAACAAAAAAUGUUUGUUUAACCUUUUUUUAAUCAUUUUGGCUCUGACUCAACCUUGAGACUGCUGAGUGAUUUAUGAACCUGCAGCAGAACUUUAAAUCUCCAUGAAUGAUCCUGAAGCCAUCGUAAAGAUUUAAAAGUAGGAACAAUGUGCUCAGUUCUCCUGGUUCUUGUUAGAAAUCUGGCAGCAGCGGGCUAAAUGAGGUUUAAUGCUCUUUGUGGGAGGAAUAGUAGAGAGACCGUCACAGUUACCCAUAAAAAUGCCUCUUUUGAAAGCAUUAGAGUGUUUUUUUAUAUGCAAGUAUGAUUUUAUUACCAUAACCUUAUGUUUAAGAUACUAAAGCUGCAGUUUUAGACUAUGAUACAAUUUCCAUAUCAUGAGGUUACUCUAGAAAUCAUUUUAAUACUUAAAAAGAAGAAUUAGAAAUAGCUUUAAAGUAUGCAACUGCUUCUUUUUCAGUCUGAGCUCUGAAAUGAAUUUUCCAUUGUGGCUGCAACUCAUCAUUCUGUCCAGCAGGGGUGCUGCACUGUUUGAGGCUGAAUGGCAGCUCUGUCAGAGCAGCAGGGCUGGGCAGAGGUCUGAGUUAAAUGUCUUUGCAGUGAAGUCAUUUGCCAUUUUAGGGGAUUUCCUCAUCUAGGUGUGGGUCCCUCAGUCAAAGGGGGGAAGCCAGAUUUUAUUUGUGCUGUGUGUGUAUGUGUAUCUGUGUGUGUUGUGUUUUUGUCACUCUGCACAGUCCUGUUUGUUUACACUUUUGUUAUUACAAAAAGACAGAAAGUUCAAGGAGAUUAAGACACAGAAAACCCCUACUCCUGUCAUUAUGAAAAAUAUUACAGCUGCAUUAAGGUUUCUUCUCAUAAACAGUCAUUAUGCAUUUUAAAAUCUGACCAUCAAAGUGUUGAAUAUUUUGAGGAUCGUCCUAAUUUUAGUUGUUUUAUAUACAACUGCAGGGCAGGUUUAGUAGGUCAGGGCAUCUCUGCAGCUCUAUGUCUCUUCAUCAUUAUACUGUGCUCGCCAACAUUUAAUCUUUAUUGAACAAUUUGGUGUAGCACUCAGUCAUAAUGCUGUGUUUUGACGAUUUUACUUAAAAUGGAAAUAAAACUCUGAAGUGCAAAAACAGAUUGCAUGUCCAGGAAACUAAACAUACCACAGUUUUAGCAAUAUCAACUGUCAACAAUAUCAUAACAUGAUGACAGCUUGUUGACACGUUUAGGGUGUGAGUUUUAUUGUAACAUCUUUAUAAAGAGAUGAAAGAAAACCUGAAAAUGUAUUUCCUGUAGCUCUGAGUGGGUUGUAAAGUCUACCUUUCUGUAAAGUGUGAGUUUGUCUCCGUUUACUUGAGACUGUGUAACUUGUAUCUGUGUAUCUUGUAGUCUGUAUCUUUUAGCCAAGAGCUGCUAACAGCUUUCAGUUUGGAAGCUUUUGUUCUAAUGUGCUGACUAACCUUCUGAAUCCUUCAUUGUCGACCACAGAGAACAUUUGUAGGUCUUGGCUUGAUAUUCAGGGAUAGAUGUUGUGACUGUGACCUCUCCGGUUCUCACACUCGCCUGGGUGGAUGGUUUCUUUCUGGCUUUUAUUGGGGGUGAUGAUUUCCAAAGUGGCUUCUCAUAUUACACAUAUUCCUCUAUGUGUGUAGGUCACUGCUAUCGAGUAGUGUCUUCAUCAGGUUCUUUCUUGUUUGUCUGUCAGAGAACAAUAUUCGUAUUUAUGUUGUAUGAAACAGGAGUCUGCUACAGUACUCUGAGAAACAGCCUCUUCAUUUAGUCUGUCGAACAGUAAGUCUGGCUUUUAUUCUCGAAAAUAAGACAUUUCACUCUUUGGUCUUGAUGUAACCUCAUCUCAUCUACUUGGUCUUUGUCAGGGUGAGCUUGAAGGCCUUUGGGCUGAAAAGACUUUUAAGAUCUUCUGCUCUGUAUUAACACAAGGAACUGUAGGAAUGAUUGGCAUCACUUAAUAAAAGGUAAACCUUAGAGGAAUGCUCUCAAUGUUCCCUCCUUCACAUUUUUACCACCAUAAAUUACUCGGGAGGGCCAAUGAAUAGAAAAUGCCAAAGUGGUUAACCAACAUUUUUUACAUUGGUGACCUAAAUACCUCUGGGCUUUUACAGUGACCCACCUGUUGGAGCCUGGGAUGAGCUCCUGCCGCACCACCUGCGGGUUUGAUUAGGGAGGGAGAUGAGCCAAAAGGCAAAUAUUUCAUAAAGAAGCCAUUCUGCUAAAAGAGUACAGAGAGACAAAAACAGUCUAUGAAGAAGGAGAGGCAGAAGAAGACAUACUUUGUUACUGUAUAACAAAUACAGUAUAUAGAGUAUCAAAACAUGCACUCAAUUCAGUGGCAAAACACCCCCCAGAAACCAUUAAUGUGUAUCGUAAAUGUAAAUAAACAGCGUUUAUUUUAACCAAGCAGCAAUUCUGCACCGAGCGCAUCAACAUCCUCCGCCUGCUUCCCCAGCGACUAAUCUUAGUGAAUUCUCCCAAAGAUUUGCAGCUGCAUUCUCACAUUUUAUCCUAAAAGGUUACAAGGAGGUGAUAAUGUUGUUUUUGCUCUGAAUGUCAAUAUGACAAUUUGAGUGUCUGUAGAGAAAAGUGACAACAUAUCCAUCAGUCAAAGAGUACUCGAUUAUUAAACCACUCGGAAGUAGGUAGAUUCAGGUUAAGGUAGAAGUAAUGUCUUGAAAAUGUCAAGUUUGCAUUUGAAAAGAAAUGAUUAGGGAGUGAAAUUAGAGUUGUUAAAAUGGGCUGAGACAUGUCAGAACAUCAGUAAAGUCUGGUCAACCGUGACUGUUGGCGCCCCUGAGGUGAACGCAGCACCACACCCUGCUACAACCAGUGAUUCAUUGAUGGGAAAUAAUUGCACCAUUUACAAAUGAUCGUACGAUGUUAUGAUAAUUACCUUGGCUGAGUUUAUUUAAUGCUUUCAUGCUGACUAAGGAUCUACGCUCAUCAUUUUCCAGAAGAGCUGCUCCACUUUCCUCAGCUGUAAUUCUUUUAUAUGAAGCAACGAUCGAACUGUCGUCAAACGUUUUUACUGCAAAAUUAAGUUGAAGAAAUGCUGAAUUUCUGCAUUCUUACUUUAAAGUAUUCACAGUUUCUACAAAGUAGGAUUAUUGGACUGAAUUUGUACGUUUUGUGUGUUGGAAACAGGCACAGGAAGUCACUGGUAUGUGACCUCAAGUGAAGAGGAUGCAGGUGUUUGAGCUCCCACUGAGCCAAUUUUUUAAAACUGUGUUUGUCUUUUAAUGUUGUUUUUACAGACACCUCUGGAGUGAUUUAUCCUCACUUUGGACAAUACCUGCCUGCAUAUUUUCUGUGAUUAGUUAUUAGUGACUGCAGAUGUGUGUUUUGAAGCUGAUUUCCCCAAACAGUGGAGUUUUUUCUUCUGAAUGUUUGCACAGAUUUGUUGUCUUGUUCGCUUAUUCUUUGUUCAAACAGAUCCUGAUUUAGGUUUACAGUUUUGAAGUUUCUUUUGUCUAGAAAGCAUCUUGAUUCCAGUUAGGGACAAUAUUAUUAUUUCAUUGUUACAAAUAAACUGUUAAUGUCAGUGUUGGCAUAUACAGCGGUAAUCUCAGUCUCAAACAUUUUACAAAGUUCAAGCCCUCCAUACAGACUCUGAAAUGGCUCAGUCUGUAGCUUGUGUUGCUUUAAAAACACAUCUGUCCUUGAGUUUUGUUCGAGUCAGAGUGGGGAUUUUCUAAACUUUUCCUUUUGUUUGUGUUUUCCUUUCAGGAGAUGGCCGUGCGGGCGCUGAAGCAGACUGGGAGUAGGAACAUCGAAGCUGCUUUAGAGUACAUCAGCAAAAUGGGUUACCUCGACCCUCGCAAUGAGCUCAUCGUCCGUGUCAUCAAGCAGACUUCACCGGGUACAAAUACCAUUUUAUAUACAUAUUUUUACUAAACGUGCCCCAUAAUCAAUUCAUACUAAUAAAGUGGCUUAUUGAUUGAUCUUGUUCUUUAUCGUUUUAGGAAAAGCUGGCAUGCCAAAUGCGAUGGACCACCGCCCUCCAUUAGAGGCGUCAGGGGAGGCGGGUGCCAUGCCUCCAUACCACCAGAUGGGGGCUCCAAUGUAUGAAGGGGCAGCAGGAUAUGGCCCCGAGGGAGAGAUGCCCAGACCCUACAUGGGUGCUCCACCUGGGAUGAACUACAUGAUGCCCCCAUCUGGUGCCACACAGGGCCCGGCCAUGGGAAACCCAAUGGGUCGACCUCCCAGUAUGGGCACUUAUCCAGCAGUGAUGGCCCCCCAGAGCAACCAGGCCAACAACAUGUACCCUUCAGGGGCCCCACAGAAGGGCUACCCUGGAGGUAUGGAGCAGCAUGGCCCCAUGAUGAGCUACAACGUCCCUGGUCAGCCUCUGCAGCUCCAGCCUCAGCCACCAGGGGGCCCUGUUCCUGGUCCACACUAUGAUUACGGCCACACCAGACCACACAUGAUGGAGCCAGCAGGCUAUGGUGUCAAGAGGACUGCCUCCUUCCAGAACAAGAUGGCACCGCCCCCAAUGGCACCUCCUGACAACUACGUCAACAUGCAGGGGAAAGGGGCCAUGGGCCAGAACGGUCCAGGAGGAGGAGGCGGAGGUUACCCUGCAAACCUGUACCUGCCCCCUCAUUCUCACCCACGCCAGGCCAGCCCAACCUCCCACCAAGUCCAUAUGAUGUCCCGCUCCCCAGGUGGGGUGGCAGCCAUGGGGCCUGACUUCUCCGAUAUGCCUCAGGGCUUGAUGACUCCAUCCAGGGCCAGCCUGAACUUAGACCUGUACGAGCACCACUGGGCGGGGCCUCCAGGUCCUGAAGGAGCUCCUCCAGCCAGGCAGCCGCAGCCUCAGGGCCCGUUUAGAGGGGAAGUGCGUGUUCCCAGCAGAACCAACUCCUUCAACAGCCGCUCCGCAGGGCCAAAUGGAGUCCGACCUGCAAUGACUGCUCCACCUACCACCGGUAAACAAGACCCCUCAUUGGGACCCCCAAACACCAUCACAGCUGUAACAUCUCCGCCCAUCCAACAGCCGGUGAAGAGCAUCCGUGUGAUGAGGCCAGAGCCAAAAACAGCUGUGGGACCAUGUCAUCCUGGCUGGAUGACAGCUCAGACCCAGGAAACACCUGAGCCCCUGGGCUACAUGCCUGAGGAGACCUACCCACUGGAGCCAGCUCAGGAGCCACGCUGUCCUCCUCCGCCUUACCCCAAAAACCUGCUCAUGUGUGGGGCAACUGGCGAACAGGGAGCCAUGGAGGGAGCAGCAUCCAUGUGUGGAGCUCCAGAUCUCAACAACCCCGCCCCCAGAAACACCCACGGCGGCAGCGGAGGGAGCGGAAAAGGCGAGGAGAACCAGCAGGUGAAAGAGAAGACCAAGAUGGGAAAAGGAGAGAAAACGGUGAAAGACAAGAAGCAGAUCCAGACGUCACCUGUUCCAGUGAGGAAGAACGGGCGUGAUGAGGAGAAAAGAGAGUCGCGCAUCAAAACCUACUCACCUUUCGCUUUUAAGUUUUACAUGGAGCAGCACAUAGAGAACGUGAUGAAGACGUACCAGCAGAAACUGAACCGCAGACUUCAGCUGGAGCAGGAGAUGUCCAAGGUUAGACACAAAACGAGGCACAAGCUCGUUAAUGUUUCCUGGUAGUUCAGUUCCCCACUUAAAAGAAAAAACUGAACUAUCCUCUUGAGGGGCUGUAACCAGCUUUUGUUUGUGAUUACUUAACAUCAAAAUAGUUUUUAAUUUUAUUACCAUUAGCAAAGUUGAUGUUUUUAGCCUCAAAAACUCCAGACAGAUUUGUAUUUUGUGCACCUCAGGGAUUAUGAAAACACGUAAGAGGCACACAAACAUGCUUGGGAUGAAAUUGAAAACGCGGCUGGUAUGUUUACUUUGUCUCAAACUCUUCUUAUGUAAGCGUCACUAUUACAUAAGUAGCAACAUAUUUCCUAGAAACAAUUUAACGAGAAAUUGUUGCUCUUUUUUAAAUUUCUAAAUAUAACCUCAGUUGACCGGCAGGUUAUCUGAGAUUUAAAUCUGUUAUCUGAGGGAUACCUCGCCAAGAAAGCACAAAGUCCAAGGUGAAACAUGAAAGAGUUUCCAGUCAGGCAGACAUUUGUAAACUUUCAGAGACAUUUUUAAAACCCCUAGCCCAGCUUAGAGACCUUUAAUUUAAUAAGUAAUAACAGCAAAAUGUUCAGUGUGGAGAUAAUCCAGUCUUUCACAAGUUCCCUCUGGAAGUUGAUUUCAUCACAUGUAGAUAAAAAAUUAUAAAUUGGUUUCUGUUUUUAGCCGAAAAAUCAAUCUGGAAACUCAGUGAGAUUCUUUAGAAAUGUCAGGGGUCAUGCUUUAGCACCAGUUUGGUGUUUCUGUGUACCAGAUGAGAAUGAUAAUGGCUUUUUAAGUGAUGUCCUAGAGCUUGUCAUGCAGAGAAUUCCCCUUCAGGACUAAGUUUCAGACAGUCAGACCUUUGUGCAGGAACACAGAGUAAGUGAGUUCUUACUUGUGUUUGUGUGGGCUUGUCCUGAGUCAUGACUUUGGCCUUUUGCCCUUUUGACCUGCUGUGAAGCCUUUUUUUAAAGAGAAGAAAACAUGCCAAAGCUCAACCCAGACAGUUGGAUACAAUAAUUAGUUUAAUUUGAAAACAAAGGUUGGGGCGCUGGGGUCGAGACAUGUCAAAUUAACAUGUCUUUAAGCUUUUCCUUUUAAGCCAUUCAUUGUUAUUUCACCAGCUUUCUUCCAUCCAUGUCCUUCCCCUCCAGGCCGGCUUAUCAGAAGCAGAGCAGGAGCAGAUGAGGAAGAUGCUGAACCAGAAAGAGUCCAACUACAACAGGCUUCGCCGAGCCAAAAUGGACAAGUCCAUGUUUGUCAAAAUCAAGACGCUGGGAAUCGGGGCCUUUGGUGAAGUGUGUCUAACUCGAAAAGUGGAUACAGGUGCACUUUAUGCCAUGAAGACGCUGCGCAAGAAAGACGUCCUCAACCGAAACCAGGUUAUUCAACUUCCUGCUCGAUUAAUAUACAAAUGAAUCCACGCAGAGAACAAUGUGCCCUUUUAUAGUGUCAUUACUGAAUCUUUACAUUCUCAGUGGUUCUGAUGCACAUGGGUACUUUCUCAUUUCAGGUGGCCCAUGUGAAAGCAGAGCGUGACAUCCUGGCGGAGGCAGACAACGAGUGGGUGGUGCGUCUCUACUACUCCUUCCAGGACCGUGACAGCCUCUAUUUCGUCAUGGACUACAUCCCUGGAGGAGACAUGAUGAGCCUGCUCAUAAGGAUGGGUGUCUUCCCCGAACCCCUGGCUCGUUUCUACAUUGCCGAGCUGACACUGGCCAUCGAGAGCGUUCACAAGAUGGGCUUCAUCCAUCGAGACAUAAAGCCUGACAACAUCCUCAUCGACCUGGAUGGACAUAUCAAGCUGACUGACUUUGGUUUGUGCACAGGUUUCCGCUGGACGCACAACUCAAAGUACUACCAGAAAGGUGAGGGAGUGUGGGAUCGUGGCUGUACAUCUAAAAUCUGAGCUAGCAGACUCACAUUCACAGGAUUUAAGACACGUACAUUUCACUUCCCCUGAUUUCUAAUGGUGGAUUGUGUUUCAUGUAAAUCCUUUUUAUUUUAGUUGACUUUAAAGCUCAGUGUGUAUUUUGUAUUUUAAAAAAGAGGCACCAAUAAACAGUUCAUGUAAGAUCUUCAAGCACAUUCAAGUCAGUUCAGUUUGAUUCUCUACUAAUAGGACCUUUUAAAGUGCUGCCAACAAAUCCGAGUGUAUCCUUUCCUCUCAAGCGAAUCCAGGCCCUGUGCCAUGGUACGUAUUUCUGUGUGGAGGUAAACACAUCGUCACUAUUCUUCUCUCUGCAGGGAGCCACGUCAGACAGGACAGCAUGGAGCCCAGCGACUUCUGGGACGAUGUGUCGAACUGUCGCUGCGGUGAUCGGCUAAUGACUCUGGAGCAACGAGCAAACCGGCAGCACCAGCGCUGUCUUGCUCACUCACUGGUGGGAACGCCAAACUACAUCGCUCCGGAGGUGCUGCUACGCAAAGGUGAGAAAGAGUGUGACAGAUAAUCAUUGAAAACAUCCAUCCAGAAAUAGAAAUAGAGAUACACAGCUCCAACAAAAAUGGGUCACUAAGAACCUGCCUGAACUAGACUCAAAAUUAAUAUGUAGGUGUUAGUGUGGAUAAUGUAGAGGGGGAGAAGAAGCAAAGGCUUUUGGAGGCGCAAAAAAAGUCAGUAAAGAACUUUUUAUUUGAAAAGCUGCCGGGAAAAAAUGCAUUUUAGUCCUUAGCUGUUGUCAGUAUCUCAAGGACAAAUGUUAGGAUUUUAUCUUUUUAAACAGACCAAAACAGACGAGUUUGUUUCCUUCACCUGCUGCACAACAUUGACGUUGACGGGUUGGCUCCAAAUGCCUUUGCAGUUUUGGGCUGAGCACACCAGCUCUUUACUAGCAUCAACUAAUUCAGAAAAUGUUAACACGAUUAAUUGUUCUCUGUUACCAAAUCGUCCUUAAGCAGAAGACAUAUUUUUGUUUUAGGUUUACCGCAUUUUUAUAAGCUUUUACUGCUGGACAAACGACUGUACGUCUCUUCAAAUGCUCACUAAAGUAUGACUGUAAAGAAACUGGCACUCGCAGAUUAAUCUCACAUUUGCAUCUUGUACUCAGGCUACACCCAGCUGUGUGACUGGUGGAGCGUGGGAGUGAUCCUCUUUGAGAUGCUGGUGGGACAGCCGCCCUUCCUCGCUCCGACACCCACUGAGACUCAGAUAAAGGUCAGUGAAAAGGAAAAAAAAAAAUCCGGCUGCUUUAAUGUGAAAAUGAAAACAUUGAUCAAUGGAUGGAUCAAUGUCAGCCCGGUGUCCCUGGAUCAACCUCAUUUCAUCUGUCUGUCCACCUCUUUUCAGUGCAGCUGAAUGUGAACUCAGACAUGUUUGAAUCAUAUCAGCAAAAGCUCUGCAGCGCUGCUCUUUUUGUUCAGUUUGUUUGGCCAGGUGAGAGCGAGGUCAUGUCGUAUCAGUCGGCAACAAAUAACACAACAAAACUGUCAGUCUGAGUACCUUGGAAAGAAAAAGAAGUGCAGUUUUUUUUUUUUGGAAGGGGAUAAAAUGUGAGAAAAUACAACAUUCAGCAUCUCAGCUUAGCUUGUCACUUCUCUCUAAGAGCAGAGCAGUCUUACACACCAGCAGCAGCAGAGCCGAAGUAGCACACUUUUCAUCUCAUUAAAUUCACUGGCCAUCCGUAAGAUGAAAAGCUAAUAUAGAUAACCAGCCAAAUGCCACAUUUAGUCUGUCUACCCUGAUAAUCUGUAAACUUUUGUAGUCAGAGGUGUACAAACUGAGAAUAUUAGUAAGUGAGCAAGCUAUUUGUAUGAACUUGUAAGAAAACUGAAAUACAUCUAGAAUAAAUCUUCGUCGUCGUUGUUUUCUUCCGCUUCAUCUGGGUCCGGGUCGCAGGGGCAACAGCUUCCAAAGGGAGGCCCACAUGGCCCUCACCCCAGCCAUCCACCAGCUCCUCCGGGGGGAUUCCCAGGCGCUCCCAGGCCAGGCGACAGAUACAAUCCCUUCACCUGGUCCUGGGCUGGCCACAAGGUCUCCUCCCGGUGGGACAUGUCUGGAACACCUUUCACAGGAGGCGUCCAGAAGGCAUCCUAACCAGAUGCCCGAGCCACCUCAGCUGACUCCUCUCAACGUGGAGGAGCAGCAGUUCUACUCUGAGCGCUUCCCGAAUGUCCGAGCUCCUUACCCUAUCUCUAAGGCUGAGCCCAGCCACCCUGCGAAGGAAACCCGUUUCGGGCGCUUGUACUGGAAUAAAUCUUAUCCUGGAUUUUUAAACCAUGUGUUCUUGUAAAUGCGUCAAACUUUUUGUAGUUAAAAGUUUGUUGUCAAAAUCAUUUACAAAAUCUGUGUGCCUACAAGAACUUUUCUGGUUACCACAAGUCAAGUCAAAGUUGUUCCCCUAUUUUUAAACAGACCGAUCUUUAUCAGUCUAACAUGUCUCCCCUCUGCAGGUCAUUAACUGGGAGAGCACCCUGCAGGUGCCCGCUCAGGUCAAACUGAGUCCUGAGGCCGUUGACAUCAUCGGGCAUCUCUGCUGUUCAGCCGAGGAUCGUCUGGGUGCAAACGGCGCCGGAGAGAUCAAAGCCCAUCCCUUCUUCACCCAGAUGGACUUCUCCAGCAAUCUGCGGCAGCAACCUGCGCCCUACAGACCCAAGAUUGCCCACCCCAUGGACACAUCCAACUUUGACCCCGUGGAGGAAGAGGGUGGUCCAGGAGCGUGGAGCGACAGCGGAGACAGCACCCGAGCUCUGGACAUGCUCUGCUCGCCGCACGGGAAGCACCCAGAGCACGCCUUCUACGAGUUCACCUUCCGCAGGUUCUUUGAUGACAACGGCUGCCCCUUCCGCUACCCUAAACCACCUGAGAGCUGUGAGGGGCCACAGAGCAUGGCUGGAGCCGCCUGCAUGGGGCCAGAGGAAGAAGAUGAACAAGAAGAGGAGGAGGAGGAGGAGGAGGAAGAUAUUGAGGAGGGAGAGCAGGGGGAGGGGUGCGAGCCGGUGUAUGUCUAGAGCUGUGCCUAAGCGGUGUGUUUGAUCACUCCUCCUUACCCCCAGCUCAUGACCCUUCCGCCUGCUCUUCGUUUGGUCUGUGUGUAGAGGCUGCACAGGUGUGUCUGUGUGCGUUCAGGCAGGUUUGACGUGUGUGAUUGUUGUAGGAGCAGGACUGACGAACAUCGCCACCUUGUGGAUUCUAUAGCUCGUCCACGAGGACUUCGAAUACAAAUCUCCCAUGAUCCGGGGACCAAGAAACAACACUGACUACAUGAUAGUGCAGCAUCUGCAGUUACAAGAUUAAAAACCUGCGCAGGUCUAAAAAAGACAGUCAAUACUCUUGGGAAUGUAAGGAUGUCUGGAUCACAGAUAAGAUUUCUGAUUUAAGACUGCUCCUGGUUCCUCCAGUGCCUCCUCGUCCCAUUCCUUCCACCCUUGUGUCUUACAGACGACUGAAAAACCUCCACGAUCCUUGAUCUUUAAAAAACAGGAGCAGCCUCCUGUUUCACCCGGGCUGCUUUACACUCAGUAUUGGAUACAGCGAGGAGUGGAACAUGUUAAUGGUGAGGGAAGGGGAAGACUGAAUGAGCAACAUGCCUCUUUCACAGCUGCUGCAAAAUAAGCUACAAAGACACAUGCAUGCACGUGCACACAUUCACAAAGAAUUAUCCUGGGCAGGUCAUGCACAGUCAUCAAUACGGACGAGGUGUUUGUCUCUGCGGGUAGAUUUCGUUGUCCGUGUUGUUAUUCCGAGAAGUUCACUCAGACUAUGUGGAGAAAACACUCAAUGACACACAUUUAUGAGAGAGUAUGCAUCCCAUUUGGCAGCAUCAGGUCGUGUUUUUGGAUACAUUUCUGUCUUUUCAGUUUGAAUAUCAACUUUUAGCCAAUCAGUUUUGAAAAUUCAAGACUAUUUAACCAAAAAUUGUCUUCCACAGCUGCCUCAACAUGUGCCAAUUGUUCUUUCUGUUUAAAAAUGGAGCCAGUUUCUUCCUCCCUCAAAGUUUGCUGAUUCAAAAUAUCAGUAUAUCAAUGGAAUUAUCUGUUACUAAUUCUCACGUCUAUCAGAUUAAGGUCAGACUGUUUGUGCAAAUUCAUCAGUCAGACAUAUCCAAAUUAAUUUUAACAGUCUGGAUACACGCUUCAGUACGGAUGCUCUGCCUACUCAUUUGCGAUUUUAAUGUAUCACAUAAAACAAGACAAGGAAAGACAACAUCAAUUGCAAUAAUAAUGAUCCAAUUGAAAUAACGGGCUGUACUGCGAGUCUUAAAAAUAGGAUUUGGCUUCUGCUGACUCAGUGUUUCCAACGAUUUCAAACCCUGCAGACAAAAAAAAAAAAUCCAUGAACUUGCAGGAACAAAAGAUAUAUAGAGAGAGGAGUUUAGAUCAGUGCAUCAUGCAUGCUUUUAAAUUCAACUCAAACUGCAGAGCGAAUUGGAUCAGAUAAGCCGUUUUCUUGUGAUCGGAUUAACUCCUUGUUUACCGGAGCUGUGGAAAGCUCCCUUGCUUUGUUUUAUGGACAUAGCUGACUGAAAACUGAAAGAAAUCAGAGCCAGACCUGGACAGGGGACUGAAUCGCUUUUCGACUGAGAAUCAAACUCACACAUUCACCAAGGUGCACAAUAUUCACAGCUAUUUUUUUUUUUUUUUUUUAGCAAAGAUCAGUCCUUCAGAUGCAUUGAAACUUAACCAGCCUCCCCUGAUUUCUGGAGGUGGUCAUGGAAACAAAACAUGUUCUUACAACAACAGAUGUGUGAUAGUAUGACUAUGUGCAAUACAAAAAAACAUUAUAUAUAGUUUUCUAAACACUUAAUAUCCUUUUUUUGUACUGAAAUGUACAAAUAUAUUGGUUUAUAUAUAUUUUCUUUUUUCAGUUACAACAUGCUGCUUAUUAUUGUGGUUAAUAUUAUUUACAUUAUUAUGAUAAUUGUUACAUUUGUACCUGUUUCCUUUUGUUGUGGCUUAAAGGAGUGUUGGCUUUAGCUGCCAUGUGUGCCUGGGUUUGAGAGUAAUAAGCUGUGUGCCUUUCUAAUUGAAUGUUGGAGUGUGUGUCACCACUCUGUGACGAAGGAGACGACGGUGAUUGAUGAUGACGAGCAGUGUUUUUGCAGAAAUACGGAUGGUGGGCUCUUUUUCGCCUCCUGCAGCUGGGCUGGUCCUGACCGCAGGAGAGAAAGGAGGUUAAAGGAUGAGAGAACGGAGAGGAUAAAAAGUUUAUACGACGAUGAGGAGCGAGGCAGGUUGGCUUCAGGAGAUGUAAUCUGAAAAAAAGAACAAAUAGCUUUGUGUAUUUUACAAAAAAACAGCAAACUUCAACAAAGUGUAAGUGUUUGGUACAUUUUCUUUAUUUAUCCAAAAUGACCACAAGUUUGAGUGUUGUUUGAGCUGUUUUUACCACAGAGCCGUGCCAUGUUCUGCAUUUGAAAACACUAUCCCCCAGUAUCUCCUUGCUUUAUGACAAUCAAACAAUAAUAACUGCUCUCUGGGAGGCGUAAUGAGCUGUUUUUGUUCAAUUUCCAGCAGUUCCAACAGUAUUUAAAAAUUGACCGGGGAUGCUACAAUUGUCAGAACAUUUAUUACUUUCUGAUGCGUAACCGGCAGAAUGAUUGAUUGAAAACGUGUGGAUAAAAUUUGUUACAAAGGAUUUUCUUUUCUUUUUUUAUUUUUAUUUUCUUUUGCUUGACAAUGUAAUGAUUUUUUUUCUGUCAAUGUGCCUUGUGGUCUAAUAUGAGCAGCACAAUCUUCACAGGUCGCCUUCUUUUUACAACCUGUCCUUCACAGACCUCUUUUACCUGUUUUUACUCUUGGUCUAGGUAUGUCGACAGACUCACACUGGCUUUGAUUACAUGCAGCAACACUCCUGAUCCUAAUCUAGUCUUUUAGUAACAGUUGGUGAAUUUUGAUAAGUGGGAAAUUAGAGGAGUUGGGGUCGACAGUACUUAACUUUUUUGUUUUCCCAUCAGCUUUAUGCAAAACUAAUAUUGGACAGAAGUAAUGAAUGCAUUAACUAUAAAAAUAAUUAGCAGAUUAAUAAAUUUUGGCGUUAAUAGCUGCAGCUUUUCCUCUAUAUUUUACGAAAAAUUACCAUAUACUCUGCACUCCUUUGUCGCAGUGUUUCAGCUAUUUUCAGGGCUGUUGCUGUUCUCUUUAUUCAAUUUUGGUGGAUAUUCCAAAUUUAGUACAACAGACAGAAAUUUUUGUUACUAAAAAUUGUGUUUCAUGGUGAACCCCACUGGUUUGAAACCAGUGUGCUGUAUGUAAACAAAGCCAGUGUUGCUUGUGAUCUGCCUAAAUCAAUGGAAUCUGUCUUUCCAGAGCAGCCCAUCUAAAUCCAUAAUAGAUGGAGCUUUGCAUGAAACACCAGAGAUGGUUUUACACUCUCCCCAGUACGUCUUCGCUUGCUGGUCCAGACUUGCCUUCCCUUCUCUGAACUUCUCAGUGACUCAGUGUUGCCAUCGACCAGGACAGACUGCUUCAUGAAAACAUAGCUUUAUAAAAGAGUGUGUGAGGUGUUUUCUGGAUGUUUUUUUUUUUUCUGUUUCUAAAGUUAGAGAGUGAUGACUGACAAUCUUUGACUGACUUGAUAUCUGAUUUCUUCAUGAGACUUACUUGUGUAUCCUUUUCAUUUUGUAUUUCUACUCUAAGGAGGAUACUCCUUAAUGUAUGAUACAAUUCUGUUACUCUUGCGUUUAUAUUUAUACAGAUAUACAUAUUUUUUGUAUCUCUUUUCCCCUGUUUUCAAUUUCCCUUGUGCUAAUGUUCAAAAAUUCAUGUCUACGCAGUAUUAUUGAUAAUGUAAUGUGACAUCCGCAUGAUGUCAGCUAUCUCUUUUUUUACAUUUAUGUAUGAACAGAGAAUUUGUACAAAUGCUUUCACAGUCUUUGUGUGUAAAAUGUAUGUAUAAAUUAAAUUAACCAACUUUGAUUCAUGCUUCAUUUCAUUGCAUUCAUGUGUGAAUGGAAGACAUUUUUUGUGAUUUGUCAAUUUUAUUUUGAAGGGCUCUUGUAGUUUGAAGGUUAGAUUACAUCUUGAAAUUGAUCAAAUCAGGUACUUGGAUGGUUAAAAAAAUAAACAAAAGUAAAUGUUUUUUUUUUAUUGGAAAAUACCCAA